AGCAGCUACACCGCACAGCCAGCAUGUCGAAGUGGAUUAAUAAGCGAAAGGUGUCCAUGAUUAACCUGGCGAUGCCACCGAAGUCGGUCGUAACGUUGCCCACUAGCGGCGAGUUUGAGUUCGAGCAGCUGUUUCACUUUGCGUUCAAGUGUUUCCGACUGUUUGCCCUAACGCCGGGCCAGAUGAUGAAGCAGAAGGAUCGGUACAUUGUGCGCAAUACGCGGUGGAUGAUACUGAUCGUGUUGCUGCUGGUGCUCGUUGCCUGGAUCGCGCUGAUCGAAACGUUCUUCGUCGAGAGCCGAACGGCACUGAUCACGGGGAUCGCUAAUCACAUCCAGUUUAUCAUGAACACGAUCGCCCUGACGGCGGCUUGGGUCGUUCCACAGCUUAAGCCCGAUGAGUUAAGCUCCAUUCUGGAUGGAUUCUUAAUCAUCGAUCGUGAGCUGAGCAGCUACAACGUGCAAGAUACGGCUGGCAACAAACGGAUGCCGUUCCUGUUUCGUUUCGGUGUUGUGCUGGUGGCCCUCUGCUCAUUCACACUGUACGAUGGAUUCGUUUCGUUUGUGAAGCUUUCUACGAUCGAAGUAUGGUACUGGCUGUCGCACCAGAUACCCUUCAUAGUCUACGCCAUGGCAUUCCUCCAUGCGUACGUGCUCAUUUCCUGGUUGCAUGCACGGUUCCAACGGCUCAACACGCUGGUAGAGCAAUACUAUCGUCAGGGCCACAUUUUUGCGUCAGAGCGUCAAACCAUCAUCAGCUUCGCGACCAUGAUUAAGCUAGACGAGGAAGCGCCCGAACACGAGGACAUCUAUCCGGUGGGAAAACGCGAAAUGUCGGACGAUCUGCAGAUUCUCGCCAUUGUAUCGCGCACGAUCGAUCUUGGCCAAAAGAUUGAAGCUUACUUUGGACCUCUGUUUCUUACCGUCUACACCGCGCUCUUCUCGGUGACCACCAUCCAGUCGUACUACUGCUAUCUGCAUCUUACCUCGAAAGGCGCGGAAGGACUGUCCAUCGAGUCGCUGAUCCUUUCGGGAGGUAUCAUCCUGUUCAAUGUGAUCGCUAUCGUCGCUCUGCCGUACAUCUGCGAGCAGGUGGAAAGUGAAUCGAAGCUGCUGAUGUCUUACCUGUCCAAGCUGUCCAUGAAGCACGGACAGGUCGUGCAACAUUCCUCCAUCUGGUUCCCGAAUCUGAUCUCGAGUGUUCGGUUUUCGGCCCUUGGGUUCUUUACCAUAAACUACAACAUGUUGUCCGGGCUAAUUGCUGGUAUGGUGACGUAUCUGAUCAUUUUCAUACAGUUUAACUCGAUGGUACCGGCCGAAAAGGACGACAUUCAUCAGACCCGCAAGCACCACGUUCCUGACGACUAGUUGAAGCUACGCUAAUAAUCCAAUGCACCACCACACAAUGCUUACGAUUGUUCAACACUUUUGAAAGACUUUAGAACAAUUGUCCCGUUCGCAGCAAUCCCACUCCUGCACUCCUCCGAAAGCCGCCAAUAAAUCAAUAGCAUUCUUUUGA